CUUGACCACAUGUUUUGUUUGGAUGUUGUAAACGAAAGUCAUUUACAUUGGAAAAAAAUAAUAAUUUUAUUAUGUCUGUUUUAAAAAAAAAUACAUUAAUUACAUAUAUAUUUUAAGCAACGCAAUUGCAAAUGUGUGGCCUGCGUAGAUUUAAUGAAUACUCACAUCACUGCCAUGGCGAUAUGGAAUUGGUAAGCAAUCUUACUGGAGACCCAACCCUUUUUAAUAAUCCAUCAAAAAGAAAGACUUGAAGCAGUCAUAGUAGCCCUGCAAAAAUUAUUGCUUCUCUUUUCUCCUCCAAGCUAUUGUUAAUUAGCCAGAUCCACACCAAACAACUUCUGCAUCGUUCUUCGAUCCGGAGCUAUGGAAGGAGCUUUGGUAGCUACAGCUCGCUUUGUGGCGGACAAGGUGACAAUUCUCGUCCAACUCGACCAGAAACUCAAGGCGAUGACUGGUAUCGAAGAGAAGAUGGAGAAGCUUAAGCAGAUGUCGACGAUUAUUGACAUGGUGAUCGAAGAUGUCGAGUCCCAUCCUUUAAAUAAAGAUGUUGUGAAGGACUUGUUGAGGAAGCUCAAAUACCUAGCCUAUGAUCUCUUAGGAUGUUGUGGAUUGCUAUGACACCGAAACCUUGCGGAGGCACUGGUCAUCAAUAUCUUCUUUUGAGCCGGUGCGUGAUUUCUUCUCUUCUAAUAAUCAAGUUGUCUUUACGAGUAGGAUAAGUGAUAUGAUACAAGUUGUAACAAAUAGUCUGGAUUCUAUUUUGCUACAAAAGUCCAUUCUUCUUAAUUUGCCACAAAGCAAUAGCCACAUGUCACUAAAUUCCUACAGAGAAACCCACUCCUGCAAUAGCUUUGUUGUUAUAGGGAGAGAACUAGAGAAGAAUAAGAUUGUCAACAUGUUAACAAAGGAUGAUAAUGAAAGCAGUCAUGGUACAUUGAAGGUCAUCACCAUUGUUGGGAUGGGUGGCCUGGGGAAGACUACACUUGCUCAGCUUGCUUUUAAUGACGAGGGGGUGAAAGCUCAUUUUGAAAGUUCAAGAAUGUGGACAGUUGUUGGGGCUGAAUUUAACCCGGUAAAGAUAAUGAAGUCUGUUUUAGAAUUGGCUACUGAUGCACCGGUUAAAAUCUCACAAAUAGAUUCAGUGAGGAAGAACUUAGAAAAAACAUUAUCUGGGAAGAAAUUUCUUCUCGUGCUAGAUGAUGUUUGGAAUAAAGAUCCUUUAAAGUGGGGUGUACUAAAAGCAGCCUUAACAUGUGGGGCGAGAGGAAGUAAAAUUUUGGUGACAACUCGUAGCCAACAGGUCUCUUCAAUUAUGGGCUCAUCCAAUACCACUCACCAACUACAACAGUUGUCCGGAUAUGAUUGCUUGUCCCUGUUUAAACAAUUUGCAUUUGGAGACGAAGUAGCCGAUCGAACCUUGAUGGAAAUUGGUAGAAAGAUUGUUGAAAAAUGUGGCGGUGUUCCCUUGGCUGCCAUAUCUCUUGGUAGCAUGCUCCGUAGCUCUCGAGAGGAAACUUACUGGUCCUCAGUAUUGAAGAGUGAAAUAUGGCAGCUAGGAAAUGAGGAAGAUAAAGUGUUAGCUGUAUUAAAGUUGAGCUACGACACUCUCCCUCCACGAUCAAAGAAAUGUUUUGCAUUUGCUUCCCUAUUCCCAAAAAAUACUAGGAUUGCAAAGGAUGAACUGAUAAGACUAUGGAUAGCAAAUGGUUUCAUACGUUCAGAAGGAAAUUUUGAUGCUGAAACAAAUGGCAAGCAUGUCUUUAAUGAUCUAGUAAUGGGGUUAUUCUUUCUCUUCGAGGAUAAGUGCACGAUGCAUGAUUUGAUGCGUGAUCUGGCACGAUCAGUAUCCGCAAAUAUAUAUUGGAAUUCUAAAGAAGACUUGGUAAAACAUAGUGGAAACAGAACAUAUCAUUUGCAUCUAGAGUCGUCGGAUAUAUCAAAGAUUACUCAGGCCUUAGGCAAGAAGUCAUUGUACUUGCGUACCCUUAUAUUAAUUCAUUGUUAUUUAUAUGUCAAUCUACCUGCAAUUGUCUUCUCAGAAUUGAAAUUCUUGCGGGUGUUAGAUUUAAGUUACAAUGGCAUCAGGGAGGUGCCAACAUCAAUAGAAAAUCUGAUACAUUUGAGGUACCUCAACUUAUCUAGGAAUCAUAUUGAAGUUCUACCCGACUCCGUAACCCUUCUCCCCAAUUUACAGUAUCUCAAUCUCAGUUUCAAUCAUGGACUUCGACAGCUACCAAAAGAGUUAGGGAAUAUGCAAAACCUUUGGGAUUUCAAUUUAUCUGGGAAUAAUAUUCAAGUUCUACCAGACUCCAUAACCCUUCUCUCCAAUUUACGGUAUCUCAAUCUCAGUUUCAAUGUGGAACUUCGAGAGCUACCAAAAGAGUUAGGGAAUAUGCAAAACCUUCGGGAUCUUGAUUUGCAACGUGAUUUUAGAUUGACACACAUGCCCUGUGGAUUAUCUCAACUAACUAAUCUUCGAAGUUUACCUCUCUUUAUUGCUGGUGACAAAACUAGCGCAUGCUCAAUUAUAGAGCUUGAGGAUUUGAAGCUUCAUGGCAAAAUGGAAAUUAAAUUUUCCAAUGAUUAUAAGAAUUAUUCUUGUGGUGGAAGAAAAAUCUUGAAGAAUAAAGAUCUUAAUGAACUAUGCCUAGAGUUUAAUGGUUCAGAAAGAUAUGACAACGACAUGUUGGAUGAUCUUUGUCCCAACACGAGCUUAAAGAAGUUGAGCAUAUGGGAUUAUAUGAGCCCACAAUUUCCAACAUGGUUGAUAGAGUUACAACUGCCAAAGUUGGUUGAAGUUAGCCUUGUAAACUGCCGUGGUUGUGAGCCUAUUCCUCCGUUUGGAAAUCUACAGUUUCUUAAGAAGCUUUGCUUGCGAUCUAUGGCUGACUUCACACAGAUGGGUGCUGAGUUUUAUGGUUACAGAGGCUUUCCUUCCCUUCAAGAACUCUUUUUGUAUGAGAUGAAUAAUUUAGAGGAAUGGUCAGAGUCUCAUGGCGUCGUUGAGUUGUUCCCUAAAUUGCAAAGUCUGAAAAUUUUAGGUUGUCGUAAAUUGAAAAGUAUGCCGCGACUUCCUAGAAUCCAACACCUUGAUAUAUCAUGCUGCAGUGGGAGCAUACUCUCAUGUAUCGGAGGGCUAACUUCUCUCUCUGUUCUCCAAGUUGAGAAGAUGAAUGACAUGACAUCUCUUCCAAGUGGUUGGAUCAGAAACUUAACAUCCUUGACGGAAUUACAAAUUAAAGGAUGCAGACAACUUCAAUCUCUUCCUGGGGAUGAAAUGCAGUACCUAGAAAUGCUUCGUUCAUUGACCAUUGAACAAUGUUAUAAUUUGGCAUCCUUCCCGUCAAAAGUGGGGCGUCUCAGUUCUCUUUGUUUUCUACGGCUCAGAGGUUGUCCAAGUAUAAUAUUGCAGCCAGAAGAACUCGUAGAAAUUUUGAAUUCAGUACAUGAGUUCAAAAUACAUAUUUGUGGCAACAAAGUCAAUUUAAGUGGGCAACUGCAAUACUUACACAAGCUCAAAAAAUUGUCUCUAUGUGGUGCACAUGAUGAAUCAUUUACUUAUAAUUACAAGAUUGGGAAUGAAAUCCAAAAAUUAACUAUUUGUUGUUGUGAUGAAUUGGAGUCGUUGAUGACAACAGAACCAACAAGCAGUGCCCUACAAAAGCUAAAGAUAAAUGAUAUUUCCAAUCUCACGACCUUGCCUGAAUGGCUGCAACAUCUCAAGUCUCUUCAUUUCCUAUCAAUCCAAGACUGCCCACGAUUAGAAAGGGUGCCAAGGGGUUUGAAGAAUCUAUAUAUGUUGAAAAGGUUGUGGAUUGUCGGUUGCCCACAACUGAAAAGUAGAUGCCAAAGGGAGACAGGCGAAGAUUGGCCGAUCAUCUCAUAUGUUCCAUAUGUUCAUAUUCCAUAGGCUCCUCAGAUACAGCCUAACAGCCGCACAUGGUACGAAAGGGAGGCGACUUGGAACCCUUGGCGUAUGUGCAUCGGGAGGACGGACCCCCGCAUGGACAGUGGUGACGAAAUCGGUGGUACUUAAACAGACUCUGCGCACACUCAGAGAGGCACAUGAAGUAUUAGAGACCAGAAACCAGGGAAAAAGUUUCCGGCGCAAGCUCUCCGACGCUCAAGUAAGGUAUUUUUUUUUCCAAAAGAACAGAACAAAGAAAAAAAGAAUUGUAGAAGAUGAGUACAAAUAUGCGAGUGCACGUACCUGGCCAAGGGAAAGGACCUCCCUUUUUAUAUGACGUCAUGUACCUUUAGAGUCUGCAUGUUGUCAGAGAAUGUCGGGUGUCAGGCCUGUCGGGUGAGGAAAGGUGUACGAUAGUCUCUUAUUGGUGGAAGGAAGGUUCCGUUCGCAGAGGAUAGUAGACCACUGGAAUAUUCCCUGAUGCAUGGCAGUUAUUCCCUGACAAGAGGUUACGAUUUCCUAACAUUAUUGUCGCCAAGUGCUUUGUGCCCCACC